AUGGUCUCCUUCACAACCAUCCUCCUCCCCCUCCUCCCCAUCCUUACCUCCGCCCUCCCAACCUCAUCCUCAUCCUCAACCGCCCUCGCCCCCCGCCAAAACUUCGGCGACAUCACCUUCUACAACACCGGCCUCGGCGCCUGCGGCUCCGUCAACAACGACCAAGAGCUCGUCGCCGCCGUCUCCGCCGCCCUCUUCGACUCCCAGAGCGUCUGCGGCCGCUCCAUCAGCGUAAACUUCAACGGCGCCACCGUCAACGUCCAAGUCGUCGACCGCUGCGCCGGCUGCGCUUUCGGCGACGUCGAUCUGUCGCCUCGCGCGUUCUCUGACCUCACUGGCAGCCUUGAUGCUGGUCGUGUCCAGGGCUCUUGGGAUUUUAUUUAA